GUUGCUAUUGCUUCCUAUAUAAAGAGGAGAAAAUAGGUAAGUGUCUAUAACAGCUCUGUAUCCCAGCACCUAAUUCUUCGGAAACAGGAGAUCUACAUCCAACAAUAUGAGGGAGUGCAUCUCAGUCCACGUUGGCCAGGCCGGAGUGCAGAUUGGCAAUGCAUGCUGGGAACUGUACUGCCUGGAACAUGGAAUUCAGCCAGAUGGACAAAUGCCCAGUGACAAAACCAUCGGUGGAGGAGACGAUUCCUUCAACACCUUCUUCAGUGAGACUGGGGCUGGCAAACAUGUUCCACGCGCUGUCUUUGUGGACCUGGAACCCACUGUGAUUGAUGAGGUGAGGACAGGAACCUACAGACAACUUUUCCAUCCUGAACAACUCAUUACUGGCAAAGAAGAUGCCGCCAAUAACUAUGCCCGUGGUCAUUACACUAUUGGCAAGGAGAUCAUUGACCUGGUACUGGACAGGAUCCGCAAGCUGGCUGAUCAGUGCACAGGUCUCCAGGGCUUCCUCAUCUUCCACAGUUUUGGUGGUGGCACUGGUUCAGGCUUCACUUCCCUCUUGAUGGAACGACUCUCUGUUGACUAUGGCAAGAAGUCCAAGCUUGAGUUCGCCAUCUAUCCAGCUCCUCAGAUUUCCACAGCUGUGGUUGAACCAUACAAUGCCAUCCUCACUACCCACACCACUCUGGAGCACUCAGAUUGUGCCUUCAUGGUGGACAAUGAAGCCAUUUAUGACAUCUGCCGAAGAAACCUGGAUAUUGAACGCCCAACCUACACUAAUCUAAACCGUCUGAUUGGUCAGAUUGUGUCUUCCAUCACAGCCUCCCUCAGGUUUGAUGGAGCUCUGAAUGUAGACUUGACAGAAUUUCAGACCAACCUGGUGCCCUAUCCCCGUAUCCACUUCCCCCUGGCCACCUAUGCCCCUGUUAUCUCUGCAGAGAAGGCUUACCAUGAGCAGCUCUCUGUGUCUGAGAUCACCAAUGCUUGUUUUGAGCCAGCUAACCAGAUGGUGAAAUGUGACCCCAGGCAUGGUAAAUACAUGGCUUGCUGCCUGCUGUACCGUGGUGAUGUGGUGCCUAAGGAUGUCAAUGCUGCUAUUGCCACUAUUAAGACCAAGCGUACCAUCCAGUUUGUGGACUGGUGCCCUACAGGGUUUAAGGUUGGUAUCAAUUACCAACCACCAACUGUGGUUCCUGGUGGAGACCUGGCCAAAGUGCAGCGUGCUGUAUGCAUGUUGAGUAACACCACAGCCAUUGCUGAGGCCUGGGCUCGCCUGGACCACAAGUUUGACCUGAUGUAUGCCAAGCGCGCCUUUGUGCACUGGUAUGUGGGGGAGGGUAUGGAGGAGGGAGAGUUCUCUGAAGCUCGGGAGGACAUGGCCGCUCUGGAGAAAGAUUAUGAAGAGGUUGGCACUGACAGCGUGGAAGGGGAGGGAGAAGAAGAAGGAGAAGAGUAUUAAGUCAUUGCAUCAUGGGAAUGAGUUCAAAUAAUAGGAUUUUAAUUACCUACCGGUAAAUCCUUUUCUCGUAGUCCACUUAUGGAUGCUAGAGAAACACUAAUGUUUUCAGAUACAUGUUUUAAAUAAAUAUUUUUUCUACAA